GCGGCGAGUGGUAAAAAUUUUUAAUCGACUAAUGUCAUAGUGCUAUUAUUAAAAUGAGGAGCAGUAGUUCGGAACUGCUCCUAGACCAACAAGAGGAGCUUAGGAAGCGAAAGAUUAAGGAACUCGCUGCAGCAAAGAAAGCAAAAGUCGUAGCAGGUCGAUCAUGUCGAGAGCAAGCACUUUUCUAUUCGACAAGCCUCUUGGCAGUGGUGGCAAUGUCAGCAGGAUCUUCACUUUUGUUUUUAGUACCACUCUAUGUAGAUCCGGCCAUAUCAACCUUGGCUUCCAAUUUCGUGACGGAGCCUGUGACAUGCAUCACCACGAGAAGAGAAGAACUCAUGGGGUUGGCGAAUUGUUCUUGGAGUUCGUGUCGUGAGGGGUGUACGAGUGACGCCUAUCAUUGCACACAUAUUUAUGUCAGUUACAACGAUAGCAAGGAAGAGCCCUACAACCAAACUGAUGACGCUGUCCUCUUAGUGAACAUAAAGGGAUGUGGAUAUCCACCCAGUGUUCUCUGUUCCAAUUUUACGGAAACGUACGGUGUGGAGGGAACAGAAUUUCCUUGUUAUCAUUCCCGUGAAAACCGCACAGUGGUUUUGACGCAUUAUGAGAGAGAUGAGCAGGUUGCUAUAAUAAUACAUUAUUUUGCGGUGCCAUUUGUUAUUACUUUAGCUACAUCUGUAGCACUUUGUGUGAUGCACUGUGACUGCCGUUGUCACCCUACCACUCAUCACAAAAGGGCCAGAAGACCACGUGUUCAAGAUUUGAGUGAUGGUUCAAUAAGCAUUGGCGUUGACCUUAGGCACAAUACAAGUUAUCAUUCCGAUUUAGUGGCCAUAAGGCCUAUGUAACGAUAUGUCAGACUCCCACCGAUAUUAUACCUCACCUGUAUUGAAGGCUUGUACAGAGAAUUUUAAAGAGAUAUUAAUUGAAAUUUUUCAUAAAUCAGGUUCACCUUGCUCAAAUUGCAGAAGUACGAGCUCUUUUACCAAAAUUGAAUUUCAAAAUUUAUGUAGGAUUUUAAUAAAGCAGCAGUAUGUACUUAUGUCCAUAAUGUUAUUUUAAGCAGAAUUAGAAUAAACUGAGCUCAUGUACAGGGUGACCAGAAUAGCUUGGCCGCCAUUACACCACGGAAAGUGCAAAUAGGAUCUUUAUAUGUCAUAAUGAUAUAAGUGUGUGACCUAAUAUUAAUUAAUUUUAAGUUUAAUACUUAUCUCAUCAUGCCAAUAAGAUCUCAGCUUGAGGUUUCCUAUUUGAUUUUUCCGUUUUCCUGCAAUGGCGGCCAACCGUCAGUUCCUGAUCACCCUGUACAUAUAUAAGUUCAGAACAUGUUACUUUUCUUUGUCUUUUUGAAAUUCUCUAGAAGAAAAGAUUAGAUAUAACGAUGUUAUAUACUAUAAUUGUAA